GUUUUGCGGGGCUGCGAGCCGGCUGGGAAGAAGCCGUGUGAGAGACGGGAGGCUUGGGGGAGCAUCUUUGCCUUGGGGCGCAGAAGCGUUUUCGGAGGCCGAGGCCGGCGGACGAUGGCCUGCCCCGGAGAGGAAGUAACAAGCAGGGAGGGCACAGAGGAGAACAGCAGCAUGAACUUGAUGGAGUUCUCAGAUGAGAUCCUCUUACAUAUCCUGAGAUACACUCCGAUCUUGGAUCUCAUCCUGAACGUUCGGCGAGUGUGUCGCAAACUUUCUGUGCUUAGUCUUGACAAAAGCCUCACCCACACUGUGAUCCUGCAUAAGGACUAUCAGGUAGACAAAGAUAAGCUGAAGCAGCUCAUAAGAGAAACAGGCAAAGAGAUUCACGACCUGAACAUGACCGGCUGCUAUUGGCUGCCCGGCUCCACCAUUGACCAAGUGGCCCGGUGCAAAAGCCUGGUGAAGCUGAACUUGUCCGGCUGCCACCUGACCUCGCUCCGUCUCUCGAAGAUGCUGUCUGCCUUGCCGCACCUUCGCUCACUGGCGAUCGAUGUGAACCCAGGUUUCGACGCCUCCAACCUGAGCAGUGAGUGCAAAGCCACGCUGAGCCGUGUGCUGGAGCUCAAGCAGACCCUGUAUACGCCUUCCUACGGAGUGGUCCCCUGUUGCACCAGCCUCGAGAAGCUCCUCUUGUAUUUCGAGAUCCUUGACCGCUCGCGCGAGGGCCUGAUCCUGUCUGGCCAACUGAUGGUGGGCGAGAGCAACGUGCCGCAUUAUCAGAACCUCCGGGUUUUCUACGCUCGGCUGGCCCCCGGGCCAGUCAACCAGGAGGUGGUGAGGCUGUACUUGGCAGUGCUGAGCGACCGCACGCCGGAGAAGCUGCAUGCCUUUCUCAUCUCUGCUCCCGGGGGCUUUGCACAGAGCUGUGCCAUGAAAAACCUCUUGGACUCCAUGGCCAGGAACGUGACGUUGGACGCCCUGCAGCUGCCCAAGUCGUGGAUGAACGGCUCCAGCCUUCUGCAGCACCUGAGGUUCAGCAACCCCUUCUACUUCAGCUUCAGCCGCUGCAGCUUAUCCGGCAGCCAGCUGGUCCAGCGGGUCCUGAACGGCGGCAAGGACCUCCGCAGCUUGGUCGGCCUGAACCUGAGCGGCUGCGUCCACUGCCUUUCUCCCGACUCGACGCUGCGCAAGGCCGAGGACGACAUUGACAGCGGCAUCGUGGAAACCCUGGUGUCCUCCUGUUGCAACGUGCAGCACCUGAACCUCUCUGCUGCCCACCACCACAGCUCGGACGGCCCGGGCAGACACCUGUGCCAGCUCCUCGCCCGCCUGAAGCGCCUCGUUUCCCUGGCCUUGCCCGUCUGCGCCAUCGUGGAUGCUUCCGCCGUGACUGCAGACAAGCCUUCCGUGCAGCCAGUGAGCCACACGCCUUUCCAAGGCUUCGGGAAGAAAGUCCGGAUCGGGGUGCAGACCUAUCCCCGGAACGGCCUCGACCAGGGCAAUUCGAAGCUGCAGUCCUCCUUGUUCUGGACUCUCCUGGAAAGCCUCCCCUUCCUAGAGCGGCUGGAGCUGAUUGGGUCCAGCUUUUCCUCAGCCAUGCCCAGGAACGAGCCGGCCAUCCGGAACUCGCUGCCCCCCUGCGGCCGGGCGCAGCUUGUGGGCGAUGCGGAAGUGGCCGCCAUCAGCCAGCUGGCCUUCCUGCGGAGCCUCACUCUGGCCCAGUUGCCCAACAUCCUCACCGGCUCCGGGCUGGUGAGCAUUGGGGUCCAGUGCCAGCACCUGCGGACUCUCUCGCUGGCCAACCUGGGCGCGAUGGGCAAGGUGGUGUACAUGCCGGCCCUCAUGGACAUGCUGAAGCACUGCAGAUGUUUGCGGGACCUCAGGCUGGAGCAGCCCUACUUCAGUGCUAAUGCCCAGUUCUUCCAGGCUUUGAGCCACUGCACUUCCUUGCAGCGCCUUUGCAUCAUCUCUCGGAGCGGGACCCUGCAGCCGGACGCCGUGAUGCUGUUCAUGACCACCUGCCUCGAGGUCAUCAUGUGCCACAUGUUCACAGGGGAAUCCCUCACGGUUUGCAAAACCCUCCAGCAGUCGCUGAUGCGGAGCUUUCAGGCCGACCGGCCCGCCUUGAACGUCGUCGUGUUUCCUCUCCUGCACGAGGACUUGACAGAGGUCAUCCGAGAUGUCCCCAUGAUGCACUUGGAUGAGAUCACCUUGUUCAAAAGCCGGGUGGCUGAGGAGCCACCAAACUUGUGGUGGGGAUGAGGAUGAGGAUGGCGGCAUAGCCGGAGUAGGGUGGGCAUGAGCAAGCUUGCUGCUGCUUGGCCGGGAGUCGCCGUUCAUGAGCUUUGUGGCCACCUUGUCUGAAUGCUGUGCAAUUUUGGUGUUGCUGCAGGGCCAACUUGCCAGGACACUGAACGGGCCUUUUGGGCAAAAUUUGCCCUGGAAAAAGUUCUAUUUAUUCAUUUUAAUGUCUAGCUCAUCCCUGUUCCCAAGGAACUCAGGGUGGGCUGCAAUUGGAAAACAUUGGAGCCUUCCAUUCUGGGUCAUUUCCUUGCUAUUUAAUAUACACAUUCUGGUUUAACUUUAAAUGCAGCUAAAAGCAAGAGGAAUUUAACUUGAAUGUACUCCCCUUUCCCCAUGGUCACUUGUUCUUGGACUGAGUUGUUUUUAUUAUUUUUCUUUCAGUGCUUCAGAUGAUAUUCUUUGCUUGCGUGUUAUAAGUAAAUGCAAAGAGAUAUGUUUAAACUUUAUUUAUUGGGGGAUUUAGAAAUGCAGCCAGUCUUCUCCAUUCUUACAGAAAUGGUUGCAUCGUUAGGUCAUGCUCUUCUGAGUGCAAAAGCAGCGUCCGGCUUUUUAGCCCUGUGGCUAUCCAAAGGCAGCAGCCUUUUCCUGGGACAUCUCUUUGCUUUUGUGCUGGAGGAACCAGCCAGGAUAUGCUGUGUCAGAAUGUCCUGGGAAAUUCCAACUUCCUUGCCUGGAUAGAAAAAUACAAAUGUUUGCUGCACCAAAUCAAUGGCGAAAAUAUUUCUGUCUCUCCAAAGUUUGCUCUCUCUUUCCUGCUUGGCUUUUUGUUUCAAGCGUGGGUGCAAUGUGCCAAGAAAUCCGCCUGCCCAAGCCCAGGCGAAAGGAAUGGCUUUCGCGUGCUUUUGUAUGGCACCCAUUUCAGUGGGACUUCCUCAAGCAAAUGUCUUCAAAUGUACAGGCCGCCUCUUGCUUUGGCAACAUCCUUGAGCUUUGAAAGAUGACUGUGUGUUGUUGCAGGGGCUGGUGUUAUUAAGGUCUGUGUCCAAAUUGCUAGUGUGAGCAGACCGCCUCUUCUUACAGCUCCAUAUCAUACAUCCUUUUAAAGUGGGCUUCCUGGAAGCAGGCAGCGUGCUUUUUAAAGCAUUCCAAAGUGACUGAGAUCGUAUCUUGGAUUGGCACCAUUUUAUUUCCAUCUUGCCAAAAUGCCACCUCUGCUGAGCACAACUUCACGCGGGUGUUUAACCAUUUGCCAUAUGGAUCACCUGGGGCUGAUCUCUCCCAUCUUGGGGACAUUCUGUUAUGUCACCCAGCGCUUGCCACGCUGACCUAUGUGAGCCUUGGAAUCACCCUGCCGCUUUCCACGUCCUGCCGGGUGAGCUGGCCACGGCCAACGAAGACGGCCGUGGCUCAGUGCCGGCUGAUUCUCCUGGAUGUGACGUGGGGUGUUCUGGAAUGGAUGGCCAUGGAGGCCGGGGUGGUGAGAAGCCAUCUGUGACUCUGUGCUUGAAGUCCUGGGCCAGCUUGAGUAUCUUGUGACAAUGUGUGUGUUUGAAUGUGAUGCUGGUAUCUGUGUUACUUGGAUUAACAGUGGCUUUACUGUCAAGAUGGUAUAUAAACACUUAUGUUCACACCUUG